AUGAAAAGGAAGAAGAUCGAUAAUAGGAUCCGAGUCUUGAUUCAGAAUGGAGUGGCUAAAAAACAGCGGAGCAUGUUUCUCAUCGUCGGACCCAAAGCCAGAGAGCAGGUUGUCAUCCUACAUCACAUGCUCAGUAAGAGCGUUGUCAAGGCACGACCGAGUGUUUUAUGGUGUUAUAAGAAGAAUCUCGGUUUCACCACACAUCGUCAGAAACGAAUGAAAGAAAUUCAGAAAAAGGUGCGAAACGGAACCAUGGACGUCAAUGAGCAGGAUCCUUUCGAGCUUUUCGUCUCGUCUACACAAAUACGAUACACGUACUAUCAUGAAACGCACAAGAUCCUCGGGCAAACCUUCGGAAUGCUCGUUCUCCAGGAUUUCGAGGCCAUGACCCCGAACAUCCUCGCGAGAACCGUGGAGACCGUCGAAGGCGGUGGCAUUAUCUGUAUACUUCUGCAUACUGUCGACUCACUAAAACAGCUGUAUACAAUGACGAUGGAUGUCCACUCCCGGUACAGGACGGAGGUUCACACGAGAGUUGUGAAUCGAUUCAACGAGCGAUUCCUACUUUCGCUAGCCGAUCAUGCAGAUUGUUUGGUCGUCGAUGACAAGCUCAACAUCUUACCACUCUCUUCGAAAGCAGCUGACAUCACUCCGAUCGAUGCAUCUGAAAUCUCCGACGAGAAGGCUUCGGAGCUCGCAGAUUUGAAAUCUUCGCUAUCUGAAGCCCCUGUAGCACCCAUAGUGAACCUGUGCGUGACCACGUCACAGAUCCAGGCCUUAAUGCUUAUGCUGGACGUCCUCGCGGAGAAAAGCAUGAAGGCCACCGUUGCACUAACAGCCGGUAGAGGUCGAGGAAAAUCAGCAUCCUUGGGCCUCGCGAUAGCCGCAGCCAUAGCGACAGGGUAUUGCAACGUGUUCGUGACAGCGCCCUCUCCUGAAAAUUUGAAAACAGUCUUCGAAUUCAUCGUGAAGGGCUUCGACGUCAUGAAAUACGAACAACACAUCGAUUUCGACGUUGUGCAAAGUACAAACCCGGAGUUUAAGAAGAGCAUUGUUAGAAUCGUCAUGCAUCAACAAGGCCAACCCCGCCAGAUUGUGCAGUAUAUCCACCCCCAGGAUUAUAAAUACGCUGCGCAAGCCGAACUCCUCGUGAUCGACGAGGCAGCCGCCAUACCAUUGCCGGUCGUGAAGAACCUCAUGGGGAACUACAUGGUAUUCCUCUCGUCGACGAUAAACGGCUACGAGGGGACGGGUCGCUCGUUGAGCUUGAAGCUGAUAGCACAGCUCCGCAAGGAUUCGGUGACAGCUGGAGCCGAUAGUUCGUCUCGCUCGUUGAAGGAAUUCCAGAUGGAAGAAUCCAUCCGGUACAAGCCCGGCGAUCUAUGUGAGAAAUGGUUGAACCAACUCCUCUGUUUCGACGCCAGCAUCGGACAACAGUUCAAAGGGGCCGGUUGUCCUCCGCCGAACGACUGUCAACUCUACUACGUGAACAGGGACUCUCUGUUCAGUUACCACAAGGUCUCCGAGAUGUUCCUUCAGGAGAUCGUGGGUCUCUACGUCGCGUCCCACUAUAAGAACUCGCCGAACGAUCUCCAGCUGCUUUCUGACGCUCCCGCUCACCAUAUUUUCGUUCUUCUUGGGCCGGUACAAGAUUCGAAACUCCCGCAAGUACUCUGUGUCAUUCAAUUGUGUUACGAGGGCGGAAUUUCUUCGGAGUCUGCGAAUUAUCACCUGUCUCGAGAUCAACAACCAUCGGGUGAUUUGAUCCCAUGGACCGUAGCGCAGCAAUUCCAGGAUGCGAACUUCGCCAAGUACUCAGGGGCGCGGAUUGUAAGGAUUGCAACGCAUCCGGAUUACCAAUCAAUGGGCUAUGGAAAGAGAGCUAUGCAGCUUUUGGCUGAGUUUUAUCAAGGCUACCAUCCGAGUCUUUCCGAAACCGACCCCACGAACCCGACGGCCAUGGAUGAGAUCACGGAUUCCGGCACCGACCUACUGAACGAAAUAAUCGAGCCCAGGAAAUCUCUUCCACCGCUCUUGUUGAAACUUGAGGAGUUCCAACCUCGUCAAUUAGACUAUAUCGGUGUCUCUUUCGGUCUGACCAACAACUUGUUCCGGUUUUGGAAGUCGCUCGGCUACGUUCCAGUUUACGUCAGGCAAACACCUAACGAGCUUACGGGAGAACAUUCUUGUAUUGUGGUCAAGUCUCUGCACGAUGAGUCCUGGACGUCGCUGCUCUUCAAAGACUUCCGGAAGCGCUUCAGCGCUCUCCUGGGUUUCCAACUCCGUAGCUUGGAGUCGAAACUCGCUUCGAAUGUUAUCGUGAACAGCGUUCAUACAACGACCGUUGACUUGACCCUAGAGGAUUUGGAGAGAGAAUUCAGUGUUCACGAUGUCAAACGACUCGAGCAGUACUGCGGGAACCUUGCGGACUACCAUCUGGUGAUGGACAUGAUACCGAUCGCGGCGAAAUGGUACUUCCUGGGACAUAUGGGAGACAUGCAUAUUUCCUUGGUGCAACAGUGUAUUCUGCUGGCUGUGGGACUGCAGCACCGAUCUGUCGACGACAUAGCGAAGGAUCUGGACAUCGACCGCGUCCAGUGUUUGGGCCUCUUCAAUCGCACCAUGCGGAAGUUCCUCACCAGAUUCCAACAACUCAAGGAGCAGAGAAUUGUGGAGGCCGAUUUCGGUGAUGCGAAGACUGCCGACGGAAGCGAAUUGAAACCGCUCAAGAAAAGUCUAAAACGCGACCUUGAAGAAGGCGCCGCGAAGUUUGAACGAAAACAGAAAGAGGAUCUUCUGAAGGAACUCAACCUUGAUCAAUACUCCAUCAAAGGGACCGAUGACGAAUGGAAGACGGCCUUAGGGAACAAAGGCAAAGCCCUGAUAUCCAUAAAGAGUUUAAACAAACAAGCAGACGAUGACGAGGAAGGAGCAGAAACAGGGAAGAGAUUCAAAAGAGACUCCGGAAAGCAUCACGGACAGAAAGAUCUCAAAAUGAAGAAAACCAAGUUCAAAGGGAGGCGUUAAGGUUGAAAUACUUCAAUAUAGGUUUGACAAUAAAUCGACUUGAAUGUGU